GUGUAUGAGCACCCUUAGUAAACUCAGUAUUUCAGAUAUUCUGAAGAAGAUGCAUACUAAAGAGGUAGAGCUUUCUCUGCCAAAAUUUAGAAUCGAAUUCAAUAUGGAUCUCAAGGAGAUAGUCGAGAAACUCGGUAUGGCGGGAAUAUUUUCCGAUUCCGCCGACUUCAGUGAAUUGCUGGUGCAAAAGGACCCUCUCAACGUAUCCAAAUUCGUACAUAAAGCGUUCAUCGAAGUGAACGAAGAAGGAACAGAAGCGGCAGCAGCUGGAGGUUUGUGGUUUCAAAAUUCUUGCGCCCCACAACGCGUAAAGCUCACCGUGGAUAGGCCUUUCUAUUUUGUUAUGUUUGAUAGACGGAAUAAAGUAUCUGUUUUCAACGGCCGUAUGCAAAACCCUAUAGCAGUAUAGAUCCAUAUCAAAACUCACAAGUUCAAGUUUUCCCAAACAGUAUUGAUGUAUUUACCAAAGUAUAUUUUUCAGUUUUUAACUAGCUAUAAUUCGUCGAGAAAGGCUAAGAGGAUUCCUAUAUAACUAGUUACUGAUAACAAACGGUAUCUUGUAGUUUUAAUUAUAAAUAAAGGCUUAUUGUAUAAAUGGA